AUGUCGACCUAUGAAGAGGAACACAAUACCUCGGCGAAUAAUGCCUCGAGAAACACUAUCAGAGAUCACUUUCGAGAGGCUUUUCAAGAGGGUGGAGACUCAGGAAAUUUGUUAGAACUGCUGUCUCAGAUGAUGCCACAAGCACUACAGGAAGAGUUGUUGAACGGACCCGAAAAAGGAUGUCCUGAAUAUUAUAUUGAAUCAUUACCGAGGGUUCCCAAAGAGAAAUUAAAACCAGAGGAAUCUUGUAGCAUCUGUUGUUGUAAUUAUCGUGACGACAACUAUCCGCUAGUGGUUUUUCUUCCACACUGUAGUCACAGGUUUGAUUUUGAGUGCUUAGCCGUAUGGUUAUCGAAAAGCACGACAUGCCCACUAUGCCGGGAUGACGUGAUAGCUCACAGACAAGAGAUAGAUAUUACUCAGGUAGAGCUCGAGGAAGACUGGGGUAUGUAUGGCUAA